AAAUGCAAUGAUUCCUAGAUAAUGCUUGUCUCAAGUAUUACAGCAUCUUCAAGAAUGAAUGAAUCACUUAAAAGUAGGAAUUCUGGUAUGGAAAAGGUUUCUGGAUAAUUUAUAUAUUUCAUAAUAUUACUGGCAUGUUUUGUGUGUUGCUUUUUUUCUGUAUGCCUUGUCCAGUAAGCAGUACCAGAUAAGAACUGAAUCUUUCUAAGACAUGAUUUACAUUAUAUUCAUAGCAAAAUAUUUAACAGUCUCAUUACCCUUAUGGUAGAUGAAGAAAGUAGGCAUUUCACUUACUGGAAGCAAAUUUCUACACAGAAAACAAUCCUAUGGUUAAUCAUUAUGAAACACUUAAAAAUACCUCAGAAUACGAGCUGCAAUGAGGAAGAUCGGAGUGAAAAAAAAACAAAUUCUUCAGGAAACUUGAAGAAGAUUUUUUUUUCUUGGGAAAGUUUUUAUCAAAUCGAAACCAGGGGCUUAAUUUUUCAGUAUGAAGGGUGAGGGGGAGUGGAGAAGAUGAUCAUAGUGUCACCUCUUGUUGCUAAGUAACAACAUCUCCUGGCCAUUUUUAUCUGAUAAAGGAAGUCCAGUUGACGUUAUGCAUUAUUCAUCAGAGUUCCAAUCAAACAAUCAAAAUUGUUUGCUUACACUGGGGACAUUUAGUAAGAUCAAAGAAACCUUCCUUGAAACUACUGGAGCUUACACGACUGCCGGGCAGCUCUUGAUAUUUUGCAAAAGGACUGCAUGUUGAUGAAAGCUGAAUUGAAGAAAACAGAAAAAGCUUUGGAACCCCCGUUUCCUGAUUUUUGCCAACGUAAUUAAAGGAAUUGCUUGAAGCAAGGGUCGCAAGUCUCUCUGCCCAAAUCUUUCUGUUAGGAAUCUGAUUGAUCAUACCAGAGCGUUGCACACACACAUUAAGUUCCUUCAAAAUGGACUACUUUUUGGAUGUCGAGUCUGCUCAGAGAAUGUUUUACAGUCAAGGAGCCCAAGCUCGUCGGGCAACUCUGCUCACUGUGCCCACACUGAUGUCAGCAUCUUCUGAGGAAGACAUAGACCGGAGACCCAUCAGAAGACUCCGCUCUAAGAGUGACACUCCAUACUUAGAAGAAGCUAGAAUUUGCUUCAACCUUGACACAGCUCGCCGGGCCACGCUGCUCACCGUGCCCACAUUAAUGGCGGCAUCAUCCGAAGAGGACAUCGACCGCAGACCCAUCCGCCGCGUCCGCUCCAAAAGCGACACUCCGUACCUCGCCGAGGCCCGCAUCUCCUUCAACCUCGAGGCAGCUUCUCUGCGGGGAAGGAAUCCAAGUCUGCAAAACGUUUGCCAGGGAUCUCCAGAUGUGAAGCAAGCCCAUCUGAGCAAUAGACUCAGCCUGCCUCUGGACAUUUCGGAGGAAGUGGAAAGACUGGCUGCAAUGCGUUCAGAUUCUCUAGUACCUGGGACACACACACCUCCAAUCAGAAGAAGAAGCAAAUUUGCCACUCUUGGAAGGCUAUUUAAGCCGUGGAAAUGGAGGAAGAAGAAGAGUGAAAAAUUCAAACAUACUUCUGCAGCUUUGGAAAGAAAGAUAUCAAUGAGGCAAAGCAGAGAGGAGCUUAUAAAACGAGGAGUGCUAAAGGAAAUCUUUGACAAAGAUGGAGAGCUCUCCAUACCAAAUGAAGAAGGAGCUUUGGAGAAUGGGCAGCCUCUGGGCUCUGGACAAGUGCUGAGCUCCAGCCAGGUAUCCCUGCCAGCCCUAGCAGAACUGGAAUCAGGCUCAGCACCUGGGGAACCCUGCUCGUACGAGGUGCUCCCAACCACAGAGAUCAUGGAUGGGACAGUGUCUGAAGAAAGCCCCACAUCCAAUGAAUCUGGAGUCCUCCUGUCCCAAGAUCCUACAGCUAAGCCAGUCCUGCUACUUCCCCCCAAAAAAUCUGCUGCUUUCCCUGGAGACCAUGAGGACACCCCAGUGAAACAGUUGUCCCUCCUCAAACAGCCCCCUGCCCUGCCUCCUAAACCUAUUGCCAGGAUUGCCAGCCACUUAACUGAUCCUGGCGCUCCUGUGAAACUGCCUUGUAUGCCAGUUAAACUGUCACCUCCACUACCUCCAAAGAAAGUCAUGAUUUGCAUGCCCUUAGGGGGGCCAGACCUCUCCUCUCUCUCAUCCUAUUCCACGCAGAAGAGCUCCCAGCAGCCUUUGACUCAGCACCAUCACACUGUCCUGCCAUCCCAGUUAGCAGCUCACCAGCACCAGCUCCAGUACGGCAGCCACAGCCAGCACCUGCCUUCUGGAUCCAGCACAUUGCCCAUACACCCUUCAGGGUGCCGGAUGAUAGAGGAACUGAACAAAACACUAGCCAUGACCAUGCAAAGACUAGAAAGCUCCGGUUUACACACAGGUGACAAUGUUACAAAAACAGGACCUGGAGGCCUUCCAGACAUGAGACAAGUGCCAACUGUUGUGAUCGAAUGCGAUGACAAUAAAGAAAAUGUGCCUCAUGAAGCUGACUAUGAAGAUUCUUCCUGUCUCUACCCAAGACAGGAAGAGGAGGAAGAGGAAGACGAAGAUGAGGAUAACUCGUUAUUUACAAGUUCCCUGGCAAUGAAAGUCUGCAGAAAGGACUCUUUAGCAAUCAAACUCAGCAACAGGCCUUCCAAGCGAGAGUUGGAGGAAAAGAACAUCCUCCCUAUGCAGACUGAUGAGGAGAGACUCGAACUUAGGCAGCAGAUUGGGACAAAGUUAACAAGACGACUGAGCCAGAGGCCGACAGCUGAAGAAUUGGAGCAGAGGAACAUUCUGAAACCCCGGAAUGAGCAAGAGGAGCAGGAAGAAAAACGAGAGAUAAAGAGAAGAUUAACACGUAAGCUGAGUCAGAGGCCCACGGUAGAGGAGCUGCGUGAGAGGAAGAUCCUCAUCCGCUUCAGUGACUACGUGGAGGUGGCCGAUGCGCAGGACUAUGACAGGAGGGCAGACAAACCCUGGACGCGACUCACGGCUGCCGACAAAGCAGCCAUUCGUAAAGAGCUUAAUGAAUUUAAAAGCUCUGAAAUGGAAGUUCAUGAAUUAAGUAGGCAUCUAACAAGGUUUCACAGACCGUAGCAGUUAAAUUCUACCUGAACUACUAUGCUGUCUUCAAAACAUAACAAAGAGGAACCAUAAGUGCUGGUAUAAUUCACUUCCCUGUUAUGUACAAUGUAAAUCUUAUGAACUGCCUUUCUACAAAAAGAAAAAAAGUAGAUGAAUAUUUAAAAAUAUAAAAGAAAAUUGUAUGUACAUGUGAUGGGUACUGCAGCAUCAUCAGACCUGCUGGCUCAAGCUUCAAUUACAGAAAAUACCCCUGGUGGGAAUCGUGCCAAGAUGCAGCAUUUAUGUGUAAGACUUUCCUGGCAUGUGGAUUUGCCAUACGUGUUCAAGCCCAGCUGGUGGGGCAUCCAUUAGUUCACCUUCAGGUACCCUUCACCCUGGCAAGCCUCUGUCGUCAACCUGAGAGAGCCCUGAGAUGGUAUCCAGGGAACCACGGGCCUGGGUGAAGUCUCCAGUAGACCUGCACCUAUGGCACUAAAGCACUUCCUUAUACCAAACGCUCCUUUCAGUCUGCAAGCACCUUAUGAGGACAGAGAAGAAGCAAAACUACUCUGUGGGCCGUUUCAUCUGCAACCAUCAUCUGACUUGAAGCUGCUUGCUUGCCUACCCUGGAAAAGCAUAUGGCAACAGUUGGCUCCCAAGAAGAAAAAAGGACUCCCUAUGUGGUCACUGCAUGGUAUUCUUUCAGGCUGUAGCUUGUUUUUAUGCUCAAGCCUCAUGAUUGUGUGAGGGCCAACGCACCUCCAGCAGCAAGAAGGGCUGGGAUUGCCACCUGUGCUGCAGAGGGCACACCAUGGGAAAAUUGGGGGCUGAUGGGGGACAGUUAUCCUCCCUAUACCAGGUAUAAAGAACUGAUCCUAAACGUGUACUGAGAAAAGCAUGACGGUGUGUCAACUAGCCUAACAAAGGAAGGCUGUUGCAUUGGUAUGGAUGGUGGGACUCCUCACUGGUACGUGCAGCUGAAGCUUAAGGACAGAAAUCCAGGGGCCUGUUGUUGUAUUUUUGUUUUUACCGUAGAGGUUUAACAUAUGAACUGACCCAGUAGGGCACAGAGAGCUGGAUGCUCUGGGCCUGGCUUACCUGCCUACUUGAGUGUGUGCUUAAUGCUAAACAAGCAUGCAGACAGUCUCACUGAAAUCCAGACCAGGUCUCACAGGCUUCAUUGAAGCUGAACACAUUUAAGUGCUUUUCUGGAUGUAGGCCAACACCUUUUAGAUUCAAGUCCUUAACUAGUGCAAUGCCAGUAAGCAUGGGCGAACAUUGCCUACGAGUCCUUUCUAGCUCUUGCAAGAAGCUAUUACACUGUUUUGGGUCAGUGAUCCAAAGUACAAUAGCAACAUUACUGUAAGUUCCAGAUUAUUACUUCAGGACACCUUUUCAUUUCCAUAAUAGCUAUUAUGCUUAGAAGAUUAGAGCAGAGAGGCCAGAGUUUAACUAAAGCACUGUUAUUUCUGUUAUUUUUUUCUUUUUCCCUUUCUGUCUUCCAGUAUCUAUCUAUCCCUCUGUGCUCCCACUCUGCCUCCAUGCUAAGCUUGCCCUUCACUGAUCGUGGGCCAAGAGGCCUCUCUCUUGCAUGAGCAUUUUCUGGUCAAUAGUGCAUAGUGCCCAGCACUCCUGCCUCAUCUCAGGCCUCAGUUUCAUUCCUCUGGUGCAAAAGAACCUGCAUACAGCCCAUGGAAAUGAACUCAGCCUGCCCAAACAACGCUCAGGCUCCGUUUGCGCUUAGUGGUACUCAGUACCUCACAGAUGUGCUCCACUGGAGACAAGAGGCAGCAUCUGAGAGCACUGAUAGCCAGACAGGCGCUGCUUUGCAGUUAUGUUCUUGAAAAGCUGGGGAUCAUGGUGGUUGAAUUUAAUCAUACAUAUAUGUAACAAGACUGCAUCACAGGCUUUCAGAAAGGGGAAAAAAAGCCUCUAGGCUUUUAACCACGCAGCAGCAGGAAGGGGCUCUGCAGAAUGGCUGAGGAGCAACCAACCCUCCUCUUCUCUGCCUAUGGUGCCUAUAGCACCAUUGCUUCAUGAGCCUAGAGGUUCGGUAUGAAUGGGAAGGAGAGCAGUGACAGAGAUUGCAGGAUGGAAUAGGCUAGUGGGAGGGAAAGGAGAUUUUUAUUUUUUUAAUUUGAUUAUUAAAAUGAAGAGAAAAGAGGUAGAAGUAGCAGGCUGUUGUCAGUGCUAACGUCUACAGGGGAAUGGGUAGUCUGUGGGCAACAUCUCAUA